GGAAAUUCCGCACAGCUUGAAAAGCCUUUGAAGAGUCGUAUUUUCUGUACCUUAAAAACAGCUGCAGGAAAUCCUCCUCGAAUUCGAUAUGAGCCGCGAAUUUGUCAGCUACAUGAAAAGAGAAAUAAUAUCUUUAGCAUUAUGGCGCAUCACAAUAUCCAUUGGCCUUUUAGCAAUCCAUAGAUUCUGGUCCCACCGGGCAUUCAAAGCCAAAUUACCUUUACAGAUUUUUAUGUGUAUAUUCACCUUUGCCCUUGGGCAGGGAAGUAUUUUCAGUUGGUGUCGGGACCACAGAGUACAUCACAAAUAUGUGGACACCAGUGCUGAUCCAUACAACAUCAAACGUGGUUUCUUUUUUGCCCAUAUAGGAUGGCUGAUGUGUAGAAAGCAUCCAGAUGUCCUUGAAAGUGGUAAUAAACUUCCCAUGGAUGAUCUAAGAGCUGAUCCAGUAGUUAGAUUUAAUAGAAAAUACUAUCACCCCAUGUGGAUACUCUUCUGUUUUAUUCUUCCAACGAUUAUCCCUGUCUAUUUUUGGGAAGAAAAGUGGGUGGAUGCCUACUGCGUGGCUGCUGUGCUGAAGUACAUGUUGCAACUCCACAGUGUCUUCUGUAUCAACAGCGUCGCUCACAUGUACGGCUAUCGACCUUUUGACAAGAAAAUAGAAGCAAGGGAAUCCUUCUUUGCUGAAUCAGUUCAACCAGGCGAAGGUUCCCACAACUAUCAUCAUGCGUUUCCCAGAGACUACAGAACAAAAGAGUUGAUAUUUUCUCUUAGCUUUUCCAGAUUUUUCGUCGAUUUCAUGGCGGCAAUUGGACAAGCAUACGAUUUAAAACUGUCAUCGGAUGAUUUGAUUAAAGUAAGGAAAUUGAAAUCUGGCGAUCGAAGCAAAUGAUGAUGCAUUCUUACACAAAGAAUGAUCAUAGUGUUUUUUUUUUAAUUUUUUUUUAUUAUUCAUAAAUCAUUUUAAAUCAAGGACAUUUUAUGUUUUGUAUACCUGUAUAUUGCAUAGAAAAAAAGAUAGAAAUGUGAGGGAUAGAAGCAAAGGGAAUCUCGUGUAUUGGAAUAUUUUUCAACUUUUAGUUUAAUUAUUUUCCGAAAAAUACAAGGAAAAGUUUUUUUUUCUCUCGAGAAAAAGUUAAUUUGAUAUCUGUGUUGUAUUAGUAGAGGACUGUGUUCUAUUACUACUUUUGACAGAUUUUCAAUACUAAUUAUUUAUUGGCCUUCGUAUGUAAAUUUAAAUUCUGUUGCAAAUACUGAUUUUAUUUCUGUUUAGUUUUGUUCUUAUUAUAAAUUAUUAAAAAAAACGAAAUCUUCUCUUUCAACAUUUUUAAUAAUUUAAUACUUUACACGGUUGUAAAUGCUAUCAUAUGCUAUUGCACAUCUGACCAGAGGGUGUUGUAACUGUGAGCUGGACUUAUCAUCAUGAAAACAAACGAGGAAAUUUUAACUUGAAGUUUGCUUAAAACUUAGAAAUAUUUUAACUAAUUUUUCUAUCAAGAAUAAAUUUCUAAUCCAUUGAUGAAUGAAAAAAAUUAAUUCCGGUUCCGAAAACAUGUUUAUCUACCCUUUUGCUAAAAUGACUUUCAUGAUUGUGAUUGAAAUCUCUUGUGAUUAAAAUUGAGAUUGAAAUCUCCUGUUAUCAGUAUUUGCCAUCAUUAUUUGAUCAGGAUCAAAUAAUGAUGGCUAUUAAAAAUUAUCAUUUUAUUCCCAAUUCGAGAGAAUGAUCUUCAAUGAUGUAUUUUUUUAAAUUUCCUUAAAUCUAUAAAUAUUGAAUUUCUGAAUUGGUCAAAAGUGCAACAUGGUGAAAUUUUACAUUUAAAUCAUUAUAACUCAUUUUUGGUUGGGAAUAUAAAAAUCAAAGUUUGCGAAAACAAUUCUAUUAACCUGUCUGUAAUAUGGAUACACUAAUGUAAUAAUGCAACCUCUUCAUUGUGUCAAAAAAUGAUACGAGGGAAAAGGUAAUAGUUGUAAUAUAUUCUUUUCAAUAGUGAGAUCAGAUACACUGUUUAAUUUGUUAAAGUAAAUAUUUCAUUAAAAUAAUAACAAGCUAAAUUAAUCAAUUGAUUAAUUAGCACAAAGACUUUCAAAUUUCGUUGCGGUUGUCAGCACAGAUAAAAAUGGCUCGCCUAAUUGUCUGUAAAACAAAAUUAUUAAUUUUCCUUUUAUCAGAUUGCAAAUAAUAUGACUAUUUUGAUUUCAACUUUGAAAUAAAGAGUGUCUUGAAUAUGAGUUUAAUUUUUUUUCCUUUCGCUUAUGUUAUUAGUAAUUUAUUGUUUCAUUUAAUAUAUUGGAAACUUUCUUAUAAAUGUUGGAUGAUUUGAGCUUUCGAUUGUCUCAUUUUUGUUUUUAGUACAAUACGCCAAAGAGGGGAAGAAUGGGGUGGUAACAUUUGAAAAUCAAUAAUCAUCGCAAAAGCAAGCAGAAAAAAACCUCGACCAGAACAAGCCUGACAUGAAAUAGAAAGUUAGAUUUAAAAAAUUAAAACAAAAUUGUUUGAAUUUCCAUGGCUCCAUUUGAAAUGGAUACUUCUUGAUUACAGAGGAAGAGAUUGAGGCUUGGAGUGACGGAUAAAGUGAAUCAGCUAAAUGUGAGUCAUAGGAUAAAUGGCGGUUAAAAAAUCUGAAAAAAGCAUAAAUAAAAAUAAAAUUAUUUAUAAAACUAAGAUUAAAACAGGAACAUAAUUUAGACUUUAGUAGUUUGUGUUAAUAGUAUUGCGUACUGAAUUCAGUACAACUGAAUCUGAAACAAGUAAAUGAACAUGAAAACAUAUUCA